AUGUUCCCUAAUAUAAUUUAACCUGAAAUAAAGCCAAGAUCAUUUUCCCUUAACGUAGAUUAAUAUGGAGUAAAGUAAAAGGCAAAAAGAAACAUUUCACAUUAUUCUUAUAAAAUCGUAGAGAAACUACACUCAUAACCUGCAUCUAAUGGGAUUAUAAAUAUAGUUCCUUAAAAAGAACCAUCAGGUUCAUUAAUAAUAAUUAUUGGAAAUGUUGAGGCUUUUUUAAAAGAGAUAGCAUAAAAUCAUAAAUACUAAUAGUUUUUAAAGUUCAAAGAUUUCUUAAAUGAGAAACAGAUAUCUCAAUUUUUUCAUUACAUUUCUAAUGUUUUAAUAAAUUUAUAGGGCUCAAUGUUUGAACAUCAUUAUUGUACAUUCUCAUUAAACAAAAAAGUAAUUGAUAUUGUGACAGCAGAUAGUAAAACAGUUUAUGAAGUUAUUACAGAAUUUUUGCAUCAGCAUUAAAAAUAGCAUGAAAAUCUUUACAUUUAUGGAGGAGAUUUUUAAUUAGUACAUAAAUCAGGAUUUCGAUAAAUUAUCUAUAUUUCUGAAUAAAGGAUAGAAAAGCAAUUAAACAAAGAUUAGAAAAUAAAUGAAAAAGUAAUAUAAUUUAGAACCUAAGUUUAAAGCUAAUUAAAUGAUACUAAUUCAGAUGAUAUUCUUAUAGAUCAUAGAGUUUAUUAGAUUCAUAAGAAAAAUAAAGAGAUUAAAUAGUAUUUAUAAUAGUAAAAUAAUGAAAAAAGAGACUUAAAUUAAAAAUAAAGUACUUAUUGAAUUAAUAUAUAGGAAAAUCAAAGGAAAAAUAAAUUAAGAAGAUUAGUAGCGCUUAAAAAGAGAAGAAAAUAGAUUUAGCUUAAGAAUUACCAUAAAUUUGUGAUUAAAUUUAUGAAAAAUUUAAAAGACUAUUCUAAAUAGAAUAUAUAAGUGUUGAUAAGGAAGUAUUUUCUUAAUUUUUAUUACUUUGUGAACUCAGUAUCUACUAUUCCAAAAAUCUAACUUUAUAAUAAUAAAUCUCUAGAAUAAAUGAUGAUAAUGAGAAAUUUAGAUUAUUAAUAAAAAAUGUCCUUUAUUUUGAGUUCAAAAUUUUAAAGAGCAUGAAUCUAAAUUUAUAAUAGCUACAAAAUAGUGUUACAUAAACAUUAUUAAAAUUUAUAAAUUAAGAUACAUAUGGAUUUAUAUUUUAAACUAUACAAAAUGCUAAGAAGCACUCAAUAAAGUAUAUUGGAAUGCAUUCUUGA